AGUAAUGUUGUGAUUAUAUUGACAUCUUCUUAUUGUGUUUUAAAUUUCUUGAAUGUUUUAAACUGAACUGUGAAAAAUUACUUGUUAUAUAGAUUUCAGGAACCCAUUGUUAGAUACAAAAAUAGAAAAUUAACAGAAUGCUUCCAAAUAAAAUACUUCGACUAUACAAUUUUCGUACGAUUAUAAUUUGCACAAGGAGCUUUUCCGUGACACAAUUAAAAUUUUUGAGAGUAACGCAUUCGUUGAAAGACACUCAAAGAUGCGGCGGCUCCGGAUCGGAAGAAAACUUUCAAGUGUGUACCAUAUCCGAUUGCAUGGUGGAUCCAUGCAAACCUGAACCUUCAGUAGUAAUAGUAGGGGCUGGUGUUGCUGGUUUAUCCGCUGCCCAUCGACUUCAGCAAUGCGGAAUUACAAACUUUACCAUUUUGGAAGCUACCGAUAGACCGGGUGGUCGAAUUCAUUCCUGUUGGCUGGGUGAUGUUAUAGCAGAAAUGGGUGCACAGUAUAUUGAAGGGGGUUGUAUGGCAAAUCCGAUUUACAAUUUAGCUGCUCAGGAAGGACUUUUGCAACCUCCUCUUGAACGUCCUGAUCCCCUGAAGGGUCUGUUCUGCACAAGUGACGGCAGGGCAGUUGACGUUCAUAUUGCAACGUCCGCAUAUCAUGUUUUUCGUAAAAUCGAAAGCGAAGCAGCGGCACUCUUUAGCAUGACAGGCGUUGGAAAACAGCAUGGAUCGCUGAUGAAUUUCAUGACCCUACGAAUACAGCAAGAACUUUUAAGAUUUCCAGAAGAAGAAAGGUAUGAUGUUUCAAGAGUAAUGUUUGGGUUAUUGACGAAUAUUCGAUCCAGAGUGGGAGAAAGUUUAUGCCAAGUGAGCGCCGACAACUACGGGAGCUACGUGGGAAUUCCCGGAGGAAAGCUACGUGUUCCACUGGGUUUCGUUGGAGUAUUGUCACCGUUGCUCCGAGACCUUCCAGAAUGCGCGAUCAAAUACAACAAACCAGUAGGGUCGAUCAGAUGGGGUACCAUAAGCAACAAAUCGGGUGGUCCAAGAGCUGUCGUGAUGUGUUGUGAUGGCGAUCAGUAUCACGCCGACUACGUCAUCAUUACAGUGUCGCUUGGUGUUCUAAAGCAACACGCGGAUAAAUUGUUUUGUCCUCCGUUAUCGGCAGAAAAAAUGGAAGCCAUUCAUAAUUUAGGAUUCGGACAUGUCGACAAAAUCUUUUUAGACUAUUGCAGACCGUUUUGGGUUUGGAACGAAGGGGGGGUCAAGUUUGCCUGGUCACCUGAUGAACAACAAUCAAGACAAGACUGGACCAAAGGACUUAGUUCAGUUGAAGAAGUGGAAAAUAGCAAACAUGUACUGUGCGCGUACGUUUCCGGACCGGAAGCUUUAGAAAUGGAAAGGGCUUCCGAUGAAGAAGUUGCCGAAGGAGUAACUCGUGUUCUGAGGCAGUUCACUGGAGACGCUUCUUUACCAUUUCCUAGUACCAUUCUACGAUCAAAAUGGAGCUGUGACCCUUACUUUUGUGGAGCAGUUAGUUACAUGAGCUUGACCUCCUGUGUUGGUCAUCAGUGUGAUUUGUCGACUCCUCUUCCCGGCCCUUGUGAACCUGUACCUCCUAUUUUGUUGUUUGCUGGGGAGGCUACCUGUACGGGGCACUUUUCGACAGUACACGGGGCUAGAUUAAGCGGAAUUAGGGAAGCCGAGCGUAUUUUGAAAUUGACAAGGGAGUAUGGCGGUCCGCCGAAAUCUCAAAGAUGCGGCGGCUCCGGAUCGGAAGAAAACUUUCAAGUGUGUACCAUAUCCGAUUGCAUGGUGGAUCCAUGCAAACCUGAACCUUCAGUAGUAAUAGUAGGGGCUGGUGUUGCUGGUUUAUCUGCUGCCCAUCGACUUCAGCAAUGCGGAAUUACAAACUUUACCAUUUUGGAAGCUACCGAUAGACCGGGUGGUCGAAUUCAUUCCUGUUGGCUGGGUGAUGUUAUAGCAGAAAUGGGUGCACAGUAUAUUGAAGGGGGUUGUAUGGCAAAUCCGAUUUACAAUUUAGCUGCUCAGGAAGGACUUUUGCAACCUCCUCUUGAACGUCCUGAUCCCCUGAAGGGUCUGUUCUGCACAAGUGACGGCAGGGCAGUUGACGUUCAUAUUGCAACGUCCGCAUAUCAUGUUUUUCGUAAAAUCGAAAGCGAAGCAGCGGCACUCUUUAGCAUGACAGGCGUUGGAAAACAGCAUGGAUCGCUGAUGAAUUUCAUGACCCUACGAAUACAGCAAGAACUUUUAAGAUUUCCAGAAGAAGAAAGGUAUGAUGUUUCAAGAGUAAUGUUUGGGUUAUUGACGAAUAUUCGAUCCAGAGUGGGAGAAAGUUUAUGCCAAGUGAGCGCCGACAACUACGGGAGCUACGUGGGAAUUCCCGGAGGAAAGCUACGUGUUCCACUGGGUUUCGUUGGAGUAUUGUCACCGUUGCUCCGAGACCUUCCAGAAUGCGCGAUCAAAUACAACAAACCAGUAGGGUCGAUCAGAUGGGGUACCAUAAGCAACAAAUCGGGUGGUCCAAGAGCUGUCGUGAUGUGUUGUGAUGGCGAUCAGUAUCACGCCGACUACGUCAUCAUUACAGUGUCGCUUGGUGUUCUAAAGCAACACGCGGAUAAAUUGUUUUGUCCUCCGUUAUCGGCAGAAAAAAUGGAAGCCAUUCAUAAUUUAGGAUUCGGACAUGUCGACAAAAUCUUUUUAGACUAUUGCAGACCGUUUUGGGUUUGGAACGAAGGGGGGGUCAAGUUUGCCUGGUCACCUGAUGAACAACAAUCAAGACAAGACUGGACCAAAGGACUUAGUUCAGUUGAAGAAGUGGAAAAUAGCAAACAUGUACUGUGCGCGUACGUUUCCGGACCGGAAGCUUUAGAAAUGGAAAGGGCUUCCGAUGAAGAAGUUGCCGAAGGAGUAACUCGUGUUCUGAGGCAGUUCACUGGAGACGCUUCUUUACCAUUUCCUAGUACCAUUCUACGAUCAAAAUGGAGCUGUGACCCUUACUUUUGUGGAGCAGUUAGUUACAUGAGCUUGACCUCCUGUGUUGGUCAUCAGUGUGAUUUGUCGACUCCUCUUCCCGGCCCUUGUGAACCUGUACCUCCUAUUUUGUUGUUUGCUGGGGAGGCUACCUGUACGGGGCACUUUUCGACAGUACACGGGGCUAGAUUAAGCGGAAUUAGGGAAGCCGAGCGUAUUUUGAAAUUGACAAGGGAGUAUGGCGGUCCGCCGAAAUGCUGAAUUUAAUUUACAGUUACAUUACAGGCACAUUUCGAUCAGCAAAAUAAUAUUACCGUCAGUAAUAGUUUAAACUCUAUACUGUAAUAUGAUUUAUUCGUGUAUUUUUUUUAGUUUACCUACCUGAUAUGUCACAAAUAAAAUUAUUGUUAUGUAUCGAGUUU